AUGGUUGGCAAUGGUUUCAAGAUCCAAGAUUGGAAUGCCUUGGUUUCAAAGAGAUUUUUCCAUCUAACCAAACACAUAUGUUUCCCUCAUGCUCUAAGGGAUCUUAGGACUCCUCUCAUUGAGGCAGAUAAAGAAACAGAUGAAGAUAAUUAUGUACUUUGGAGACUGGAGAAGGGAGUUUCCCAAGGUUCAAAUGAGAUUCAAAAAGGUGAGGCAAUCCCUCUUGAAUACAACCUGGUAGGCCUAAAUGCAAUAAGUUUUGACAAAGGGUGCUACGUAUGGCAAGAACUUGUAGCUCGAACACACCACCAAGGAGUUAUCCGUAAACGUGUAGUUCCUUUGAAGUUUCUAAAUGACAGAGGCGAAGACAAUAGCAAAAGCCAUAAAGGAGAUACCAUAGGUAGAGCCAUUGAAAAGUGCUUAGAAGGUUGGGGUAUUGAUAGGCUCUUUACUGUAACGGUUGAUAAUGCGAGUUCAAAUGAUGUAGCCAUUGCCUACUUGGUUAAAAAGUUUAAAGGCAGAAAUGGGUUGGUGUUGGAUGGUGAAUUUAUUCACAUUAGAUGUUGUGCUCAUAUUCUUAAUUUAAUUGUUAGUGAUGCCUUAAAAGAUUUGCAUGUGUCUAUCAUUCGAAUCAGAAAUGCUGUGAAGUAUGUUAGGUCAUCUCCUGCUAGAUUGCAAAUAUUUAAAGAUUUUGCUAAAGAAGAUAAGAUGUCAACAAAAAAUUGUCUUACAAUGGAUGUUCCGACACGAUGGAAUUCUACUUUUACUAUGUUGGAUGGAGCAAUUAAGUGUCAAAAGACUUUUGAAAGAUUGGAGGAGCAUGACCCUAGUUAUUUGCCAAAGGAUGAUAUUCCUACUACUGAAGAUUGGGAUAAUGCAAAAGUGUUUGUAAAGUUCCUAAAGACUUUUUCAGAGGUAACAAUGAAGUUUUCUGCAUCUAUGUCUGUGACUUCAAAUAUAUUUUUUCAUGAACUUUGUUUGAUCCAAGAAAUAAUUCGUGAAUACUCAUCGUAUGAGAAUGCAUUAUUGAGUCAAAUGACAUUAAGCAUGCAGACAAAAUUCAACAAGUAUUGGGGUAUAACUACAAGUGAGAAGACCAAUUUAUUAUUGUAUGUUUCUGUAGUUCUUGACCCUAGGUACAAGCUAGCUUAUGUGAAUUAUUGUUUUAAUGAAUUUUUGGAGGAAGAUUGUGCAAAAAUAUGGACAAAUAAGGUUGAAGAAGCAUUUCGUCGAUUGUGUGAUGAUUAUUAUAUGAGAAUGUCAAAAGAAAAAUAUUCACAAACACAAUCAUGUACACCUAUCGAAGGAUUUGGCUUUCAAAGUCAAAGUGAAAUACCUUCUAUCUCAUCUAGUGGAUCUUACAAGGCACGUGCUACUGUUCAUGAUAGAUUUAAACAAAGUAACAAAACAUGUCUAGAUGAUGCUAAAACAGAGGUGACUCGUUAUCUGGAUGAGGCUCGUAUAGAUUGUAUGGGCGAUGAAUAUUUAGAUUUGCUAACUUGGUGGAAGGUGAAUGCCUCUCGAUUUAAGAUCAUUAGCCAAGUAGCUAGGGACAUCUACAGUAUUCCUAUAUCAACUGUGCCUUCUGAGUCCGCCUUUAGCACUGGAGGACGGGUGUUAGAUUCUUUUCGAAGUUCUUUAACUCCUCAAACUGCAGAGGCACUCAUUUGUGCUCAGAAUUGGAUUCAGUCUAAACCUUUGGAUGACAUGACUGAAGAAAUUGACGGGGCUGAAGAAAUUGAUGAAGAAUUCAUAAACAUAGGAAAGGAGAUGGAAGCUGCAUUUGAGAAUUUGAAUAAUGACUCUAUGAGUCUUGAAGCUCAAUGAUGGAAGCACUUUGGGUUAUACGAACAAGGUGGUCUCGUGAAGAUGUUCAUUAAUUCAUACCUUCCCAAUUGUAAACUUUGUUCAUGAGGUUCUUAGAAAUAAGUGAACUAUUAUCUUUUUAGUAUUGUUUCUUUGAUUUUGAUUGUUUUUUCUUACGAUUCUGCAUAUGGGUUGAUUUUCUCUAGGCUUCUUUAUCGCCAAAUUUGUAGAAUUUAGUCGAAGAUACUAAAAUUUUACGGUUCUUAGCUCCUAGAUUUGUGGGGUGGCUGGAACAGUAUUUGCUAGUCGAGUUUUUAAUCUUCCAGUACCAUAAUAUUUU